UUCACCUCUUUCAUUACCAGUUGUAAAGGAAGAGGGAAGGUACGCUUCUUCUAUUGAUUUUGCAUACAGAAACUUGAAUACGGACGGCUUUUGUACUGAAAGGUAUACAUCAUGUCUUCAAGUCCAGCAGUUCUGAUGCGCUUGGUUGCCUCUUCAUUUACGAUUGCGGAGAAAGCUGCAACAAUAGUCAGGAAUGUGAUGAGUGGAGGAGACCUGGGAAUUGUAGAAAAGAGUGGAGUUGAUGACCUGCAGACAAAAGCUGACCGACUAGCACAACAGAGCAUAUGUGCUUCACUGUCACGGAAAUUUCCAAAAGUGACUGUUAUCGGAGAAGAGGAAUUGCCUUCUGAAAAUGUGAGUGAAGAGCUGAUAGAGAGUGGUCAGAAUGAAGAAAUACUGAAAUACCCUUGCCCAUCGCAAUAUGACUGCAUAAAGGAGGAAGAGCUGGUUGUGUGGGUGGAUCCUUUAGAUGGAACCAAGGAAUACACAGAAGGUCUUUUGGACCAUGUUACUGUGCUCAUUGGAAUUGCUUAUGAAGGAAAAGCAAUAGCUGGUGUCAUAAAUCAACCGUACUACAACUAUGAGGCUGGGAAGGGGGCUGUUCUUGGAAGGACUAUCUGGGGAGUACUUGGUAUUGGAGCCUUUGGAUUCCAGCUGAAAGAACUGCCUGCUGAAAAACACAUUGUCACCACCACUCGCUCCCAUGGUAAUAAGCUGGUCAACGACUGUGUCACUGCCAUGAAUCCUCACAGUGUAAUCCGAGUCGGAGGUGCCGGAAAUAAGAUCAUUCAGCUAAUUGAGGGAAAGGCCUCAGCAUAUGUUUUUGCAAGUCCUGGAUGUAAGAAGUGGGACACUUGUGCACCAGAAGCUAUUUUGCAUGCUGUAGGAGGUAAGUUGACAGACAUGAACGGAAAUGCCUAUCAGUAUCACAAGGACGUGAAGUACAUGAACUCAGCUGGGGUUCUUGCAGCCUUGAGAAAUUUUGACUAUUAUGCCAGCCAUGUGCCUGAAUCUGUUAAGCAAGCCCUUAAAUAGAAGACAUUUUAAUUUCCUGUUUAAAGAAGUAUGUGUUGCUAAGAUAGUAAUAUUAGUAACCAAUACUUUGUAGAUACACUAGAUGCUAAUAAUAUUUUUACAAAGUAUUACAUUCCUUGAAAUCAUAUUUUAGAAUAAAGAGAUUUUGAAAGUGAUGUUUCAUGUUCGAUCCAGCAGCUUUUUCUAUAAAAAUAUUGUAAAAUUGUUGUACUGCUUAAGCUGUGCAUUUGAUUAAUGCCAAAUUGUAAUAAUGAUGUAAAACAGAGAUGUUGUAUAUCUGUGUCCUUUGACAGUUUUACUAGUACUUGCCUUAUAAAGUUUAUUCUUACCUGAUGAUAUAUGCCUGUUUAUCACAUUUAUGCCCUAUAGUACUGAUAUAACUGAACGUAUGUUUACUGUGCUACAUAUUGCUUUGGUACAUCAGAUUACCUUUAAAUUAUAUGGUUAUUUGUUUCUGUAUACCAAGUUAUUGCUUAAUGUGUAAAUAUACAGGGAGAAUUUUAAUUGUUUUCUAAUUUUAUGGCACAAUGAGGCUUGUGUUAAAAGUUUGAAAUAAUUUCAGAAAAAGCUUGGAAUUCACCUGUUUUCUUUAGUUUCUAAGAGAGUGGAAAACUCAUUAAAAUUACUUUUGGAUGA